AGAGAUUCCAACAACAGCAGCGACAAAGUUACUGAGCAGCACAGAAAAGCAGCUGGACACCACAAACACCAGCCAGAGCGACAAAGAAAUAAACAAGAAAGAAGAAGAAGAAGACAGAGAGGAAAUAAACAACAAAAAGAAGAAGAAGACAGAGAGGAAAUAAACAAGAAGAAAGACAAAGAUGAAGAUAAUCACAAGGCUGAAGAUGAGAAAACACAACCGGGCUGUCCUCCUCUCGGCCUGGAGUCCCUGAAGGUCGAUGACAGCCAGAUUCAGGCAUCUUCCUACCAGCGGUCGGGCCUCGGUCCUCACAGAGGGAGGCUGAACAUCCAGUCUGGCAUUGAGGAUGGAGACCUGUAUGAUGGAGCCUGGUGUGCAGAGUUUAAGGACAAGCACCAGUGGUUAGAAGUGGACGCCAUCCAUCUCACCCUGUUCACUGGAGUCAUACUGCAGGGCCGAAACUCCAUCUGGAGUUGGGACUGGGUCGAAACCUACAAAGUUCAGCUGAGUAAUGACUCUGUGAGCUGGAAAACCUGCAUGAAUGGGACUCAAGAAGCGAUAUUUGAAGGGAACCAGAACCCAGAGACUCCAGUUCUUGGACUCCUUCCUGUUCCCACCGUGGCCCGUUUCAUCCGGAUCAACCCUCAGACCUGGUACUUCAACGGGACGGUCUGCGUCAGGGCUGAGAUACUCGGCUGUCGAGUUCACGAUCCUGAUGACAUUUACUCCUCAGUACCAGAACCAGGAUCUAAGGAUGCUCUCGACUUUAGACACCACAACUACAAAGAGAUGAGGAAGCUCAUGAAGUCCGUGACCGAGGAGUGUCCGGACAUCACUCGAGUCUACACCAUAGGGAAGAGCUACACGGGCCUCAAACUCUACGUCAUGGAGAUCUCAGAUAACCCCGGCAAGCAUGAACUCGGUGAGCCAGAGUUUCGCUACGUGGCCGGGAUGCACGGGAACGAGGCUCUGGGUCGAGAGCUCGUCCUGAACUUCAUGCAGUACAUGUGUAAAGAGUACAAAAAGGGAAACCAGCGAAUUGUUCGGCUGGUAACCGAGACGCGAAUCCACCUCCUGCCAUCCAUGAACCCCGACGGAUACGAAGUAGCUUAUGAGAAAGGCUCAGAACUGGCCGGCUGGGCUGAAGGACGGUACAGCUUUGAAGGAAUCGACCUGAAUCAUAACUUUCCAGACCUGAACAACAUCAUGUGGGACGCCCAAGAGACGGCAGCGGAUCCAUCUAAAGUCUCCAACCACUACAUUCCCAUCCCAGAGUACUACACUAAAGAGGACGCCAUGGUUGCACCAGAGACUCGUGCUGUCAUCAGCUGGAUGCAGGACAUUCCCUUCGUCCUCAGCGCCAACCUCCACGGAGGAGAACUGGUCGUCACGUACCCCUUUGACUGCACCCGAGACUGGGCUCCUCAGGAGAACACUCCCACGGCGGACGACGCUUUCUUCCGCUGGCUGGCCUCCGUCUACGCCUCGACCAACCUGGUGAUGGUCAACCCCGACCGCCGCAUCUGCCACUACGAGGACUUCCAGGAACACAGCAACAUCAUCAACGGCGGCGCCUGGCACACCGUCCCCGGCAGUAUGAAUGACUUCAGCUACCUGCACACCAACUGCUUCGAGGUGACGGUGGAGCUCUCCUGCGAUAAGUUCCCUCAUGUCAGUGAACUUCCCAUCGAGUGGGAGAACAACAAGGAGUCUCUGCUGGUUUACAUGGAGCAGGUUCACAGAGGGAUUAAAGGCGUGGUCAAGGACAAAAUCACCAAACGGGGAAUAGCAGACGCUGUGAUCAAGGUGGAGGACCACGACCACGACAUCCGAUCAGCUGCCGACGGCGACUACUGGCGUCUCCUGAACCCCGGCGAGUACAAAGUGGUGGUUUGGGCCGAGGGUUACUUCCCGUCCAUGCGUCGGUGCCACGUCGGCAUGGAGCCAAAUCCCACCAUCUGUGACUUCACCCUCACCAAGACGCCCAUCCAGAGACUGAAGGAGAUCCGGGCCAAAGGAGGGAAGAUCCCUCAGGACCUCCAGCUGCGACUUCGGGCCCUGAGGCUCCGUAAGCUUCGCGCCAGCACCAAGGCCAUCAACCGCCGCCGGGAGAGUCAGCAGCUGCAGAGGAGGAGAGCUCGGUCCUCCGGAGGCUGGAGGAUAUGAAAGGAGACGGGACGAAAGAGAUGAUCUGAAGAAACUGAUAAAAACGACUCUCUGGGACACGAAGGAAAAAAACAAAUAUGAAACAUGCAGUUAAUUUUACACGCUGAGGUUUUAAAUAUGUUUCUGAGAGGUCUAUUUCCAGCAGUUCGGGUUAAACUACGACUGACAAGCUCUUACAAAAGAAGACAAAACACCCAAACAGGACACGGACAUCCAAUUCAAAUAUUCAAAAAAGUUGCACAAACAAGCUCCUCGAAUGAUGAAUUUAUUUUCUAUUUUUUUUCUUUUGUACAUUGAGGAUUUCAGUGUCAGCUGGCCUGAUAUGUCACAUUUUUUCUAUCACUAGUUUUUUUUGUUGUUUUUUUUGACUGAAGUCCAACAGGACCACAAACUCAAAUAAAUAUGUGUUUUCCAGUGUAAUAAAGCGUCUUAAUCUGAGCUUUAGGGCUAAAAGAAACUGAACUGAGGUCACAACUUUGGGGUCAACACACAGGAUGAGGAAACUAUGCUUAACUCCUAAUUAACACCUAAAUUGACUAGUUAUUUGGGGUGUAUAUUGAUUGUUUUUUCCUAGUAUGACUUGCCAGCUGAGAUAUAUGAUCUAUACUCUGACCGGGAAGUAAUUAAGGUAUUUUAACCUGACUUCUGGGGAGCUCUCAUAUCAUCCAUCUUUAUUUAAAGUCUAUGCCAAAUUUAGUGGUUAAGAUAUUUUCAUUUGAAGCGGUGGACCGACUAACCUCCAUAAAUUCAAGCUGGCAUGGGUAGAAACUGAUAAACAAAGGGUAUUUUUCUGUUUUUAACUUGUGAAAUUCACAAAUGUUUUACCUCUGCAGUAUUUAUAUGAAAGAAACUAUCUGAAAUGGGAACAUCACUCCUUAUGGACAUAUGCAAUCUGCAAAAAGAGGUCACAAAAAGGCAUUUUAAACUUUAAAAAGCCUUAACCUAAAAUAAAAACACUAGGCCAGAGCAAAGGUCAUCUACCAGGUUGUGAGCAAUUCAACCAGGAUCUGUUUAUUUUCCUUCUUUUAUCAUUCUAUUUGAUUUUUAUUUUUUUUUAACUCACAAGACAAGAUUAUAAACCCAACUUAUUUUGUCCCUCGUAACUAGCUAAUCAUUUCACGUCUCCUCAAACAGUCCCAACCCACAUGUUGGGGACUGCCGGUUUAUAUGGGUAUGUAGUUUUUAAUUCUCAGCACUUUAUAUGCAAAAAGUCAACACAGGAAUAAAAAAAAAAACACAGAAAAAAAAA